AUGGAAAAUCGCAGAGUCCUCAGGCACCUAUUGUUCCACCAGGAAGAAAUAGUCUUUUUGUUAAGCAACCUUCGUAUUCGAGCCGAAAAUCAAACAGAAGGCAGGAUGUACGCGAAAUUCAUCCAGCUCUUCCAUGAGACUGCAGAUGCUAUCAAUCAAGUUUCUGCGAGACGCCGUCACGAAGACCUGUCCGAGGACCAAGACAUGGGUGUUCCUGGAGACGGCAACGGUGAAGUUGCUCAACAGAUAUUUGGUCGUGGCCCUGAUUUUGGAGCCUUCGCGACUCCACAAGCCCCGCUGUUUCAACAAAUCCCGGCUCAAGAAGUUUAUCCAGAAGCUCGUUUGUUGCAGCCCCCCCCGGGAGAAUAUUUCGAAAGGCCUAGGCCUGCCCCUGCCCCUCCAGGCCGUCAGAGGGAUCCUAUCAUUGGGCCCUACUCGACUUCCGUGGUGAUUGAUCCUCCCCACUGGGGACAGCCAGCCCCGCAGCCAGAAGCUGCCGAUGAAGUUCUUAUUGACUUUAGUCAAGAUCAAGAAGUGGCCUUUGGAAUGUCCCAGGCAGAGGGUUAUUCCCCGGCUGCCCUGGACCUCAUGGAGUCUCCUCUAACUUCGGCGGCGACAAGCGCUCCGUCCGAAGCAUCUUCAUCGGAAUCUGGUGAUGUCCUCGUGACCCGUAUCCGCAGGGUUCAGAGGCGUGGGUACGAGAUUGACGAUGACGAACAUUGGGAGGACGUCCAGCACGUGGGCAGGAACGAGGGCGGAAGCGCCAACAUGGCUGGGGAUACUGUUAAUACAGCCAAUGACGUCGAUACCUCCUCCACCAGCGGUGGUGAGGAAGAAAUCGACUGGAACCGUAGACGUGCUUACACCAGCCCCAGCAGGCGCCUGUACUAG